AUGGCCAGCGACGGGGCCAGGAAGCAGUUCUGGAAGCGCAGCAACAGCAAGGUCCCGGGCAGCAUCCAGCACGUGUACGGCGCCCAGCACCCCCCUUUUGACCCGCUGUUACAUGGCACCUUGCUCAAGGCCACGCCCAAGGCGCCCGCCACGCCCGUGAAGGCCAAGCGAGGCAGCACCUUCCAGGAGUUUGAGAGCAACACCAGCGACGCCUGGGAUGCGGGCGAGGACGACGACGAGCUCCUGGCCAUGGCGGCCGAGAGCCUGAACUCGGAGGUGGUCAUGGAGACGGCCCACCGCGUCCUGCGCGACCACAGCCAGCGGCGGGAGCAGCACCAGCUGCAGGAGCCCCCGGGGCCCGGGCGGGAGCAGCACCAGCUGCAGGAGCCCCCGAGCCCCGGGCCGGAGCCCACGCCUGCGACAGAGCCGCCUCCGGUCGCCAGUGGGGACCUGCGGCUGGUGAAGUCCGUCAGCGAGAGCCACACGCCCGGGCCUGCAGAGAGUGCCAGCGGCCCUGCCCCUCUGCACAGGUCCCAGUCGCUCCCGCAGGCGGCCAGCGCAGCCCUGGGCGGCCCUCCCGACCCUGGGACCCUCAGCAGCUCGGCGCUGAGCGAGAGGGAGGCCUUCCGGCUGGACAAGUUCAAGCAGCUCCUGGCCGGCCCCAACACGGACCUGGAGGAGCUGCGGAGGCUCAGCUGGUCCGGGAUCCCGAAGCCCGUGCGGCCCAUCACCUGGAAGCUCCUCUCGGGCUACCUGCCUGCCAACGCGGAGCGCAGAGCCGCCACGCUGCAGCGGAAGCGGGAGGAGUACUUCGCCUUCGUGGAGCACUACUACGACGCGCGCAACGACGAGGGCCACCAGGACACCUACAGGCAGAUCCACAUCGACAUCCCGCGGAUGAGUCCCGAGGCGCUGACACUGCAGCCCGCGGUGACGGAGAUUUUCGAGAGGAUCCUGUUCAUAUGGGCCAUCAGGCACCCCGCCAGCGGCUACGUCCAGGGCAUCAACGACCUGGUCACCCCCUUCUUCGUGGUCUUCGUCGGCGAGCACGUGGAGGAGGAGGACGUGGACAUCGCCGACGUGUCCCGUGUGCCUGCAGACGUGCUGCGUAACGUGGAGGCCGACACGUACUGGUGCACGAGCCGGCUGCUGGACGGCAUCCAGGACAACUACACCUUCGCCCAGCCCGGGAUCCAGCUGAAAGUGCGGAUGCUGGAGGAACUCGUGAGCCGCAUCGACGAGCAAGUGCACCGGCAUCUGGAGCAGCACGAGGUGCGGUACCUGCAGUUCGCCUUCCGCUGGAUGAACAACCUCCUCAUGCGGGAGGUGCCCCUGCGCUGCACCGUCCGCCUGUGGGACACCUACCAGUCGGAGCCCGAGGGCUUCUCUCGGUUCCACCUGUACGUGUGUGCCGCGUUCCUCCUGAGGUGGAGGAGGGAGAUCCUGGAGGAGAGGGACUUCCAGGAGCUGCUGCUGCUGCUGCAGAACCUGCCCACGGCCCGCUGGGGCGACGAGGAGGUGAGCCUGCUGCUGGCCGAGGCCUACCGCCUGAAGUUCGCCUUCGCCGACGCCCCCAACCACUACAAGAAGUGA